UCAAGUUGCAAUCUGCUCGAGUAAAGUGUUAGAAAAAGCAUGAGUACAUUUGUUUACUCACCGGAUAAAAUGCUUAAACUGCGUCGAAUCAGCAUAGAGAGUAAACCACUCUCACUUCCCGCGCUGGAGUGCGUUUACCAUUCGAAUUCGGCUCAGACUCCCGAGCACGAAUACAAGCGUCGCGUCGCACAAACAGUAAAUGAUGCAAAACAGUCAGCGUGCCCUGGAAUGGAAACAAAACAAGUGUCGAUAAUGGGAAACCAAAAGCUACAGAUACAACCGUUGGAGCAGGCAGCCCAUUCGUCGCUCACCGACGCCCAACGUGUUAUUCGGAACUAUCGAAAACUAAAGAAAUCCGACAUCCGCAAGUCCUCAAUCAAUCUGUCCGACCGACAUCGGUACUUUGAGAAAAUGGACCAGGAAAAAGUUGCAGCCGCCCGAAAGAUCGUUUUGAAUGGUUUUCUCACAGAUCAGGAGAAGUGCAGCCUUAUUCCAAAAGCCCUAGGUCUGAAGUACGAUAUGAAGCUGCAAGGUAGCAACCUUUGCAGUAUGAAGGGUCCGAAGCUGUACUCCUUCGAGUUGAUCAACACCGAGUACGAUUGUUUUAUCGUCGGCGAGGGCGAGCAGUUUUAUGAUUCAGUUUAUCAGUACUUUCUCACUAUGCUGAACUUUGAACAUUUGCGUUUGGUUUAG